CAUCCUCCUCCUCCUCCUCCUCCUCCUCCUCCAUCUCCUCCAUCCUCCUCCUCCUCAGCGCCAUUGGCAGUUGCUGGGUUGGCUUUGGGGCUCCCUCUCCCCGCGGGGGUUUCGGGCAGCGGGAUCCCCGUUCGCUGCCGGGGCUGCUGAGCUCGGAGCGGGGCGGCUCCGCCGGGCCUGCGGGGUCUCGUUCCCCGCCUGCCGCAGCUCCUGGCGUUCCAAAAGGGACCCCGAGCGACCUCGAUGCCGACCCCCCAGCGGGGCCCCCGCGGGCUCGGCCCUGGCAUCGGCCCCGGCAUCGGGGCUGGAGAGGCCCCAAAAAGGGCCCUGGUGGUCUCUCGGGGUGGGUGCUCCUACAGGAGCGCCUUGCACGGAGCAAAAUCCUUGUAAAUGGUGGGAAAGCGACCCAAAUUUGGGGUCAGGGCGUCUGGGAGGGUCUGGAGAAGGUUUGGGAGGGUCUGGAGGAGAUUGGGGAGCUUUUGGGGGAGGUUCUGGAGAAGGUUUUUGGGAGGAUUUGGAGAAUUUGGGAGGAUCUGGAGGAGGUUUGGAAGGUUCUGGAGAAGAUUGGGGAGCUUUUGGAGAAGGUUCUGGGAGGUUCUGGAGGAGGUUUUUGGGAGGUUCUGGAGAAGGUUUUUGGGAGGUUUUGGAGAAUUUGGGAGGAUUCGGAGAAUUUGGGAGGAUCUGGAGGAGGUUCGGGGAGGUUUCGGAGAAGGUUUUGGGGACCUUUUGGAGGAUGUUUGGGAGGUUCUGGAGGACCUUGGGGAGCUUUUGGAGAAGGUUCUGGAAGGUUCUGGUGAAGGUUUUUGGGAGGUUUUGGGGAAUUUGGGAGGUUCUGAAGAAUUUGGGAGGUUCUGGAGAAGGUUUGGGGAACUUUCAGAGCAGAUUUUGAGAGGUUUGGGGGAAGGUUCUGGGAGGUUCUGGAGGAGGUUGGGGACAUUUUGGAGAAGGUUUUUUGGGAGCUUUUGGAGAAGGUUUUGGAGAGAUUCUGGAGAAGGUUUUGGGGAAAGUUGGGGAGGUUCUGGAGGAGGUUUUGGGAGGGUCUGGAGGAGGUUUUGGGAGGGUCUGGAGGACCUUGGGGAGCUUUUGGAGAAGGUUGGGGAGGUUUUGGAGGAUGUUGGGGAGGUUCUGCAGAGGGUCUUGGGAGCUUCUGGAGGUGGUUUUGUGGAGGUUCUGGAGAAGGUUUUGGGAACUUCUGGAGAAGGUCUUGGGAGGUUCUGGAGGAGAUUGGGGAAGUUCUGGAGGUGGUUUUAGGAGGUUCUGGAGAAGCUUUUUGGAGGUUCUGGAGGUGGUUUUAGGAGGUUCUGGAGAAGGUUUUGGGGAGGUUCUGGUGAAGGUCUUGAGGAGCUUUUGGGGAAGGUUUUUGGGAAGCUUUUGGGGAAGGUUUUGGGGAGGUUCUAGGGAAGCUUUUUGGAGGUUCUGGAGAAGCUUUUUGGAGGUUCUGGAGGUGGUUUUAGGAGGUUCUGGAGAAGGUUUUGUGGAGAUUCUGGUGAAGGUCUCGAGGAGCUUUUGGGGAAGGUUUUUGGAAGCUUUUGGGGAAGGUUUUGGGAGGUUCUGGAGAAGGUUUUGGGGAAGUUCUGGAGAAGGUUUUGGGGAGGUUCUGGAGAAGCUUUUUGGAGGUUCUGGAGAAGGGUUUUCGGAGGUUCUGGAGGUGAUUUUAGGAGGUUCUGGAGAAGGUUUUGUGGAGGUUCUGGUGAAGGUCUUGAGCAGCUUUUGGGGAAGGUUUUUGGGAAGCUUUUGGGGAAGGUUUUGGGGAGGUUCUAGGGAAGCUUUUUGGAGGUUCUGGAGAAGCUUUUUGGAGGUUCUGGAGCUGAUUUUAGGAGGUUCUGGAGAAGGUUUUGUGGAGAUUCUGGUGAAGGUCUCGAGGAGCUUUUGGGGAAGGUUUUUGGAAGCUUUUGGGGAAGGUUUUGGGAGGUUCUGGAGAAGGUUUUGGGGAAGUUCUGGAGAAGGUUUUGGGGAGGUUCUAGAGAAGGUUCUGGAGAAGGUUUUGGAGGUUUUGGGAGGUUCUGGAGAAGAUUUUGGGGAGGUUCUGGAGAAGGUUUUGGGGAGGUUCUGGUGAAGGUCUUGAGCAGCUUUUGGGGAAGGGUUUUUGGAAGCUUUUAGGGAAGGUUUUGGGGAGGUUCUAGAGAAGCUUUUUGGAGGUUCUGGAGGUGGUUUUGGGGAGGUUCUGGAGAAGGGUUUUCGGAGGUUCUGGAGGUGAUUUUAGGAGGUUCUGGAGAAGGUUUUGUGGAGGUUCUGGUGAAGGUCUCGAGGAGCUUUUGGGGAAGGUUUUGGGGAGGUUCUGGAGGAGGUUUUGGGGAGGUUCUGGAGAAGGUCUGGGGAGGUUCUGGAGAAGGUCUGGGAGCUUUUGGGGAGGUUCUGGAGGAGGUUUUGGGGAGGUUCUGGAGAAGGUUUUUGGGGAGGUUCUGGAGGAGGUUUUGGAGAAGGUUUUUGGGGAGGUUCUGGAGAAGGUUUGGGGAGGUUCUGGAGAAGUUUGGGAGGUUCUGGAGAAGGUUUUGGGGAGGUUCUGGAGAAGGUCUGGGAGGUUUGGGGAAGGUUCUGGAGAAGGUUUUGGGAGGUUCAGGAGAAGAUUUCGGGAGGUUCUGGAGAAGUUUGGGAGGUUCUGGAGAAGGUUUUGGGGAGCUUUGGAAGGGUUUUGGGACCUUUUGGAGAACAUUCAGGAGAAGGUUUGGAAGGUUCAGGAGAAAGUUUGGAAAAGCUUGGAGAGGUUCUGGGAGUUUGGGAACUUUUGGAGAACAUCUGGGAGAAGGUUUGGGAAGGUUCUGGAGAAGGUCUUUGUGGUUUUGGGGAGGUUCUGGAGAAGGUUUUGGGAGGUUCUGGAGAAGUUUGGGAGGUUCUGGAGAAGGUUUUGGGGAGUUUUUGAAGGGUUUUGGGACCUUUUUGAGAACAUUUGGGAGAAGGUUUUGGGAGGUUCUGGAGAAGGUUUUUGGGGAGGUUCUGGAGAAGGUUUUGGGGAGUUUUUGAAGGGUUUUGGGAUCUUUUGGAGAAAAUUUGGGAGAAGGUUUGGGAGGUUCUGGAGAAGGUUUUUGGGAGGUUCUGGAGAAGAUUUUUGGAGGUUCUGGAGAAGAUUU